CACAGCUAGCGUUCAGUCUAGCGCUCUUCCCAACUGACAGCCAUGUCUUCUCCCGGCCAGUACGGACAGAUUUCUUUCCCUCAAAAACUCAAGGUAUUUUCUUUGGCAACGAUCGUGCUGCCUCUCUACUCGCUAUGGACAGUGAUAACAUAUCCAUUCUCCUCGACUCUACGGAAGAAAACGUUGAAACUUGCCGUAUCCCAUGCUCAAGCGAGAUUUGUCACCGACGUACUCUCUGUCGCCGAGCUGCAGUUCAUUUCAGGCCUCAGCGUCGAUGUUUACAAGAAAUGGGCAAAGAAGAAUAAACAGCCGGUUGCUGUUGAAGAUCUUCCAGAAGAAGGCGCGAGCCUUUUAUGGAUCGGCCCUAAGCGUACGGACAAGGUGAUAUUCUAUUGCCACGGUGGCGGGUACGUUGCACCAUUCUGGGACUCUUUCCUAGCCUUCUGGAGGCACGCGCAAGUAGAACUAGAAGCCCGGAACAUACAAGUCGGGAUCGCUCUCAUGGCCUACAAUCUCAUCCCCCCGGGGAAAUUCCCAAGCCAGCUACGCGAAGCCAAAUCCGGGCUCGAGCAUCUCUUCAAAGCAGGUGUCAAGCCGGAAAACAUCCUGCUUGCCGGAGACUCGGCGGGAGCGAACCUCGUCUUGCAGGUCUUCUCACACAUCCUCCACCCCCUCGCUUCUAUCGAGCCUAUAAGCUUCCCCCCAGGGUCCCCCCCUCGGUUCCUGGGCAUGUACCUCUCAUCCCCAUGGGUCUCUCCCAGUGGUGAUAUCGGAAUGGGACCCGCGAUCAAUAACAAGAAGGACGUCUUGGGGCCAAAGACAUACCGAGCGUGGGGAAAAUUUCCCCUCCAGGAUGUCCCAGAAGCGGAUCUGCCGUUCAUGGAACCGGCCAAGGCGCCGAAGACGUGGUUUGUGGGUAUCGAGAAGAUGGUGGAGCACAUCCUUGUCACGUCGGGCGAGGCGGAGUGUAUCACCGAGUCGCAUGUGAAGUUCUAUGAGGAGUAUCUGAAGGAGAAGCACUCUGAUGUGAAGUUUGUCGUGCAGAAGGAUGGGGUGCAUGAUAGUGUUUUGUUUGAGCUCGCUUUGGAGAAGCGGCCUGUGCAGGAAUUGGCGGGGGUGGUCGUGGAUUGGGUGGCGGAUACGUUUGGAGAGACAUGAAAUGCUGGAAUGGUUGGUUUCGUUUGAGCGGUGUCUGCUUUGCAUGUUGAACAUUUGUAAAUUUGUGUUGGUAUAAGGUUUAUAUUGUUUGCCCCUACCUGUUAUUCAGUUUUCUUUUGCGACGCGCUCUGUCACUUUUAUAAUUGUUUGUAUACACGUUGACAGUCUAGGGUGGUCUUGUAAAUGAGAAAAGAAACAUCGGACUUUCCAUAAAUCAAGGUUUGGGGCGUCAAAGCCACUCUGAUAUUCCAGAAAUA